CGCACGUGGGCGUCCAAUGCCAGCGGCAAGCGGUCCGGACGCCGUCGCGAAGUCGUUUCCGUUUGAGCAGCUGACUCCGGUGCAGCAGGCCACCAUUCCGGCCGCCCUCGCCGGCCGCGACGUCAUCGCGCGCGCGAGGACCGGGUCUGGUAAGACGCUCGCCUUUUUGCUGCCCGCGAUCCAGCGGGUCGCGGCGGAUCCAGACCAGCCUGGCGUGCGGGCUGUCCUGGUCUCCCCCACGCGCGAGCUAGCCACCCAGACCGGCGCCGUGUGCGAGGCGCUGCUCUCCCACAUGCCCCGCGUGUCGUGCCGCUGCGCCGUGGGCGGGACGAGCGUGCACGGCGACGUCGCCGCCUUGCGCGGCUCACUCUGCCCCGGCAUACUCGUCGGCACGCCUGGCCGGCUCAACGACCUGCUGUCGGGCGGGCACGGCGCGGCGUCCGCCUUCGGCCGCGUCGCCUGCCUCGUCCUCGACGAGGCGGACCAGCUCCUCGCCCUCGGCUUCCGCCGGCCGGUCGAGGCGGUCGUUGCCUCGCUCCGGAGGGCUGCCCACCCGGCGGCGCCUCCGUGGCAGACACUCCUCUUCUCAGCCACCCUGCGCGGAGACGCCGUGACGGUCUCCCCGCCGGCGGCCCUCGCGGCGGAGCUGGUGCGGACCCUGCUGGCGCUGCGCUCGGACCCGGCCGCAAAGGUGAUUGUCUACGCCGGCGCCGCGCGCCUCGUCUCCUUCCUCGCCGCGCUCUGCCGCCGGAUGGGGCUCGGCGGCUCCGCGCCGCUCGAGCUGCACGCGCGGCUGCCUCACGCGGAGCGCGCGCUUGACUACCACGACGUGACUGCCGUCGUCCAGCUCGGCGCCCCGCCCGACCGAGCGACGUACAUCCACCGCGUGGGCCGCACCGGACGCGCCGGCGCUGCGGGACCCGGCUGCUUGCGCCGGCUGCGCUGGAGCAAGGAGGACGCCGUGCGCCACACGAACGCCUUCGCCGCCGGCGUGCUCGGCCUCGCCACGCCGCCGCCGCUCGACGCCGCGGCGCUCCAGCGGAUGGGCCUCGCCGGCGUGCGCGGCGUCGCGGCGAAGACAACGUCGCUCUCGUGCUUCUCGGUGGCGGGUAACGCGCCGCGCCACAAGGGGCGCUGCGACCUCGGCUGACGGGCGUCGCUCUGGGACCUGGGGUAAGUUGGCCGUAGCCCCGGCAGGCUGGCCCCACCUAGCGCAAUGCGCCGCGACCGAUAUGUGAGGGGGCGGCGCCCUCGGUACGAUGCCGCCGUCGCCACGCAAGAUCCUAGUGCGAUGUGCAGUGCGAUUUGCAUUUGGAAAUCACGUGUCUUCUUUGCAAAAUUCGCCGUGUUUU